UUUGAGGCAAAGAGGGAAGUUGCGAAGAAAAGGAAGGAAAGACAUUAGCAAACAGAUACAUUUCUCUGGUGUUGACCACGAUUUAAAACGCGAAAAUAUCGCUGAUUAGUGGUCGUCAUUAGGCGCCUUUAUCGUUUUCUUCUGGAGAAGCAGUGUGGCAACUAGGUUAUGGCAAGUCGGGGUGGUGUUUCAAGACCCAACGGGCCAAAUGCCGGCAAUAAAAUUUGCCAGUUCAAGCUGGUACUGCUGGGAGAGUCAGCUGUGGGAAAAUCCAGUUUGGUGCUCCGGUUCGUCAAAGGCCAGUUUCAUGAAUUUCAGGAGAGCACAAUAGGAGCCGCCUUCCUCACUCAGACAGUGUGUUUGGAUGACACAACAGUCAAGUUUGAGAUCUGGGACACAGCAGGGCAGGAGCGCUAUCACAGUCUGGCGCCCAUGUACUACAGGGGAGCGCAGGCGGCCAUCGUGGUCUACGACAUCACAAAUGAGGAAUCAUUUGGACGAGCGAAAAACUGGGUGAAGGAACUUCAGAGACAAGCCAGUCCAAACAUCGUAAUAGCCUUGGCAGGCAACAAGGCUGACCUUGCCAACAAGAGAGCCCUGGACUUUCAGCUUGCACAGUCGUACGCAGAUGACAACAGCCUGCUCUUCAUGGAGACCUCUGCAAAGACAUCCAUGAAUGUCAACGAAAUCUUCAUGGCUAUUGCAAAGAAAUUGCCCAAGAGCGAACCCCAGCCAACCGGAGCGAGUGCCAGCCGCAACCGGGGAGUGGACCUUACAGAGACAGCCCAGCCCACUAAAGGACCAUGUUGCAGUAACUAACUAGCUGGACACUUCUCAUCUCAUCUCAUCUUAUCUCCUCUCCUCUCCUCGACUCGACUCGACUCUUCAUAACAUCUAGACAUGGGGCUCCUCUUCCUUCUUCUUCUUCUCCUCCUCCUCCUCCUCCUCCUCCUGCCAACCUUGAUCCCUGGAUUAGCUAAAGACUCUGUGUAGAUAUGUUUCUAAUACUUUUUUAUUUUUGAAGAAGACAAAAAAAAAGGAAAAAAAAAAAGAAGUAUGAUCAUCAGAUUAAUAGAUGCAUGUAUCACUACAAAGCCUAAAAGACACACACGCACACAUACACACACACACACACAAAUACGCCCGUACACAUUUUGUAAACUUCCAUGCACCAGACAACUAACCAGUAGGAGAGUGUCCAGAUGCAAGAUAUGUGUGUGUGCAUAUGUGUGGAUGGACGUGGAUGUGGGUGUGGGUGUCUGAGCAAACAUGACUUUAGGGAUGGACUGAUUCCUCGCUCUGGGAGGGUUAAGCAUGAUGUGGAUGGAUGUAAAUGUGUGAAAUCCAGCUCUUACCAUCAUGCGCUCGAUGGGAAAGGUGUGUGUGUGUGUGUCUCUCUCAAAGCAUCGGACCCCCAAAGCAUCCCCUUUCUUCUCCCUCUACCUGGCCCGGGGCCACACCUGUAUUUGCAGUGAUUAUACAGUAUUGACGCGGGGUCAGACAAGGACUCUCCUUACAAACAAGCAUUCCUCCUUGCCCCUGCUGUUAAGUGUAGAGACCCUGUUGCAGCAGUGCUUGGUGGCAGCGCACGGCCCCGACAUUGCUACCGUCCCCAUAAGAUCGGAAACUGAAAGUGCUGCAGGGUCUUGCCCGCGUGGAUUUGCCACCGCUGCGUUGCCUGAUCAGUACGGCGCCUCUGAGAAACAUGGUAGAUGUGUUACGUUUUUUUUCUGAGUGUUUCUCAUUCGAUUGAUGGACAUCAUGAUGUGCUUCAAGAGAGAGCAGAGAUCAUGGACAGUGGAAAGAAAAAAAAUAAAUUAUUAAAAACUAGUAUUAUUCAGAACUUUGUUUCCAUUUCUGGCACUUACAACUGUUUUAACAUUUGCCUUAUCUGUAAUCAGUGGAUGAGUUAAUGAAACGCUUCUUGGACCUUAGGAGUUGGGCAUAGGUCUCUCUAUAUGGUGUAUGGCCCGGCACAUUAGUACUGGUCUGGAGAACUUCCCUUCAGCACAGCCUAUACGAUAUCAAUAUAUUGUAAAGAUAUAGCGCUCCAGUGCAGCCUUUUUAUGAUUAAAGCAGUACAGACCGAGGGAGUGUGUUUAGGCAGGCAAAAUUGCAGACGUAGCUCGUUACCUCUCACUAGUGUACCUCAAAAAGAUCAGCCGUGUGUGUGUGCGUGUGUGUAUGUGUGUGUGUGUGUGCGAGAGAGAGACAGAGAGCAGGGAUUUGUGUGUCGCAUCCUUGCCAUGUAAACAAGAGAAAGUGGUUCCAGAGCGUAGAGCAGGUAAUCAUUAAUAUUUAGAAAACCGUGCAGGAUUAUGGAGGACUAAUGAGAAACCUUGACAUUCAUGUCAACUCUUUUGCACUGCUUAAAUAUACCCUCAGCUUGUUUGCAAAGCAUAGGUUCCAAUUGUACAGUUCCCCAGAGCUACUUGACUGUGGGUGUAGAUUUUGUUUUGUUAUUUCAACAACCUGGUCAAAUAAUGUUCAAUGGUGGUCUUUUUAAAUAUACUUCAUGUUAUUAACGAAUCAAUUUGACUUUUACGCAGUGGUCUGUCUUGUAGUUUUAUCUGAACGUUCUCUGUUUUUUUUUCUUUUUUCUUUCGAAGACUCCUAGCAACAAAUUGCACAAAUUUAAGGUGUGUUUUGGUCAUGAGCUGGUUACUGCCCAUUUGAUUGAAUUAAAUUGCGCAACCGUGGAAGUGCUAACCUACUGCUGAAAACACCAAAUGUAGCUGAAUGAACCAUGUGACUGUCCGAGAACCGAAUGGACAAAGUGAUGUAACGACUUUAACAGUGAAGGACUAAUCCUAAAGGAUUGUCCAGGUACUAGUUAAUGUUUUCAAUAAAGGGGGUGAAUUGUG